UUGCCCUUAAAGCGCUCUCAUAAGCGGCUGGGCAUCCACGUCCUUCUCGUUCGUCCUCAGUGUAGGAUAACGAAGCUGUCACUUUCUGGCUGUCUUCUCUCUCGUGAACUUGACACUUUCAACAUUUCGAGUCGACUUAAAAGACGAUCGUUGUCAUUUUUCCUGCGAGACUUAUCUUGAACAAUCACCAUGGAUGUCAUAGUGCGCCGCUGUCCAUUCCUGGCCCGCGUGCCCCAGGCCUUCAUGCAACAGCCCAGGAAUUCGCUGGUGGUUUACGCUCAGCGAUGCCCCAUCAUGAUGGAGCUGGCCUCCAAACCAAUGGCGCCGUCUCUGGCGCGGGCUCUCUGCUCGUCCUCUUCCCAUCACCAGAGGACAGGGAAUAACAUCACUGAAGGCACCACAUUGGAGGUGGAGGCCAAGCUGCCCGCUGGCCAUUCGACUGUACCAUCUUCUGGUCAGGCUGUGGCCUCCAAAUGCCCCUUCUUGGCUGCAGAGAUGGGCCAGAAGAACAGCAGUGUGGUCCGCCAGGUCGGUAUGGAGUUCCAAGAGGAUGUUCAGGAAGUCCGCACUGUCCAGAAAGAAAUGUCUCCUGAUCAACUGGCCAGCACCAGUGAAAGUCUCAUGAAGACACUACUGAAGCAACGCCCUAAGAUGGUCUCCCAUUUGCUACAGGACAACUUGCCAACCAGCUUGUCCCGCUUCUACUACGAUGGCUUUUUCGAAAAGAAGAUCGAAGAGAAGAAGAGCGACCACACGUACCGCGUGUUCAAGACGGUGAACCGCCUGGCCAACGAAUUCCCCAUGGCCGACGACUUCUCGAGCUCCCUGGAGGAGAAGCGGGAAGUGUCGGUGUGGUGCAGCAAUGACUACCUUGGCAUGAGUCGACAUCCUCGGGUCGUUCAGUCAAUCAUGGAAACACUACGAAAGCACGGCUCCGGGGCAGGAGGCACUCGAAACAUCUCUGGGACCAGCAAGUUCCAUGUUGAACUUGAACAGGAGCUGGCUGACCUCCACAAAAAGGAUGCGGCACUGCUCUUCACUUCCUGCUUUGUGGCCAAUGACUCCACCCUGUUUACCCUGGCCAAGAUGCUGCCAGGUUGUGAAAUCUACUCUGACGCGGGCAACCACGCAUCGAUGAUUCAGGGAAUCCGGAACAGCGGUGCUAAGAAGUUCAUUUUCCGCCACAAUGACGUCGCUCACCUCCGAGAGUUGCUGCUCAAGGGAGAUCCCAGCAAGCCAAAGAUUGUUGCAUUUGAAACUGUUCAUUCUAUGGAUGGUGCUGUGUGUCCGCUGGAGGAGAUGUGCGAUGUGGCCCAUGAAUUUGGCGCAAUCACAUUUGUCGACGAGGUUCACGCUGUGGGUCUGUAUGGUGCCAGGGGAGGCGGCAUUGGAGACCGCGAUGGCAUCAUGCACAAGAUGGAUAUCAUCUCUGGGACACUAGGCAAGGCUUUCGGCACCGUUGGCGGCUACAUCGCCAGCACCGCCGCCCUGGUGGACACGGUCCGCUCAUACGCUGCCGGCUUCAUCUUCACUACCUCUCUGCCGCCGAUGUUGCUGUCUGGCGCCCGGCAGUCCAUCCAGGUGCUCAAGGGCGAGGAAGGUCAGGCGCUGAGACGUAAGCACCAACGCAACGUCAAGCUGCUCCGGCAGAUGUUGAUGGACGUCGGGCUGCCCGUGGUGCACUGCCCGAGCCACAUCAUCCCAAUCCGGGUUUCUGACGCCGAGAAGAACACUGAGGUCUGUGACCUCAUGAUGAGUCGCCACAAUAUUUAUGUGCAGGCCAUCAACUACCCCACUGUGGCCAGAGGGGAUGAGCUCCUGCGCAUUGCUCCAACACCCCACCAUACUCCUGAGAUGAUGAAAUUCUUUGUUGAGAGGUUGGUGCACUCGUGGAAGGAGGUUGGCCUUGAGCUGAAGCCCUCCUCGUCAGCCGAGUGCACCUUCUGCCAGCAGCCUCUGCACUUUGAGGUGAUGAGUGAGAGAGAGAAGUCUUACUUCAACGGCCUCAGUCACCUAAUCUCGGCCCGCGCAUAACCAAUCGCCCCCAAAGCUCGCUCCAGACAACUCAUACGUCGACGCCCUUUCUGUGUCGCUUGAUUAUCUUUGAUAUGUCCUCUGUAACACAUUAUUUAAAAUACUCUAUGGUCAAAUAUUAUAUCAACGUAAAAAUAAAAUAUCAUAUACAAGA